GUUAGGUAUGACGUUAAAUAAACACAACAAUCGUAUUUUAUAAACAAAAACAAAGAAUGUAAAAAAAACAAUUAACUAAAAAUGGAAGUGAAUCCUUUAAGUAUUAUCCUUGUAAAAUCAGACAGCAAAGGUGACAGACUUCUCUUUCGAUACCCAUUUCAAACACAAGAAAACAGUGAACCAUCAAAUACCAGAAGAAAAAAUCCAUACACACUUCCAGUUGUGGAAGAUUUGUUACAAUCCCCUGCACAACCAUGUUCUAAUAUGAACAAGGGCAACUUGGCUGGUUUCACUGAUGAAGUUCUAUCUUCAUUGUUUGCAGUCAAGAUGGAAUUGUGUGACCGAAAGUUUGAACUUAAGGUUAAUGAUGUUCGAUUUGUUAGUCACCCUACUCUGUUACAAUUGAAGAAAAAGGCGCAGCAGCAACAACAAGAUGAUUCUGGGAUUAUGCUAAUUAAUAUUGUGUUUGCAUUACAGGCUCUCGCCAGCCAUUCUGUUGUAAAAUGUUACCAUGAUUUGAGCAAACGGAUCGGUAUAGCGAUAAAACAUGAAGAGAAACGUUGCGGUUACAUAUCAGAUCAGACGCAAACAAUGACAUCUGCCCACGACGAUGGGGAUACGAACAACACAAGCUCAGCCUUCCAAAUCAUUUUGGAAAAGUGCACACUUGCCAUGAAUAUAAAAAAAAUGUAUGAUGAUCUAUGUUCAACUGGGUUGGUUAAUAUUAGGAUUAACAAGUGGAUCCCUUUAAGUUUUUGCCUACCACAAAAAGUUCAUCAGUGGCAUUUGAGAGGGAAAAUUGUUGAACCAGAGGACAUAGAUAAGUGUUUGAAAGCUUUAAGGCCAUACCAUAGUUUGUUGAUGCUUUACCCUGCACAACAUAUGAACGAUUUCACACCCCUUGAUGGUUCACCAUCUCUAAUUCGCCUCUUAUCCAACUAUUCACCUUUGAAAAACCUUCAGACACUAGCAGCUGAUGCUGAAUUAACCCUAGCUCAUGUUUUUGAACUUACUGCUCAUUUGGUUUACUGGGCAAAAGCAACGAUUAUUUUUCCAAUUUGUUCGACGAAUAAGUACGUCAUUUCGCCAAAUGCGCCGAUACAUUUGAACUCGCCCCUUGUGGAAAAAUUCAACGAAACAUUUUCUGGUUUAAAUUUGGCUAGAAUUAUCAGCGAUUUUUCGCUGCCAAUGUCACUGGGACAAAAAUGUAAUCCUUUAUGUCAUCCCUCGCAACAGUCGCAGCUUGUUCAAACUAUAAUCUGGAUGUUGCAACACCAUUUACUACUACAGCUGCACACUUACAUUCAAUACAUGCCCACUGAAAACGGGCUACAAAUUAAUUAUUCCUGCAGGGGACACAAAAAGAAGCAAAUAAAGUCACCGUCGCCGAGAAACAGUACCAUUUUAUCCACCUCGUAUCAACCAUCUCAAUCAGAAAAUUCCAGAGCAGAGUCUGAAAGUGGGGCGAGCACGAUUUCCGAAGCACCAGAAUUUGUGCUAAAAAACUACAAUGGAGAAAAUCUGAGUUACAUCUCCGCCGAUGAUGAUAAACAAGAUUAUCAAGAAGAACUGUUAUUGGACUUUUCCGACGAGGAACGCUCUUCUGUUUUUAAAAUUCCUGCGACCAAUAAUCCUGAAGAUUUGCAGCUCUUCGCGAACCUGUGUCGCAAAGAAUAUUUCCAAGGAAACCAUCACAUAGAGGAAAUCAUGUACCUGGAGAACCUGAGAAGGAGUCAGUUGUUGCAAUUGCUCGACAAGUUCAGGGAUGUUUUGAUCACUUACGAGACGGAAGAUCCCGCAAUUGCAAUGUUCUCGUGUUCGUCUUUAUAGUACACGAACACGUGUUUUCGUUAUUUAUUCACAGCUUUUUUAUUUAUGAGAUGUUUAUCUUUUUUAUAUGUCGAUAAAGGGUUUAUCUUCUAA